CCUUUCUCUCGUCUCUUUCACCUCUUACUAAGAACCUCCUGUCGGUAAUUAGAUGUUAGCAAACCGCCCCUAAUUCACUCUAUCUAAUAAGCUUCGUGGUCAGAUUUCUAUUUGCCAGGGAAAAUACCUAGGGUAUAGAGGCACAAUAUGAAGAGAAAAUAACCCAGGUAACGAGCGAUUUCCUGAAUCAGGCCCCAAACAAGCAGAUCAGUCAUCAGAGACAGAGCGAGAGAUCACAGGGGAAACCAGCGUAGUCAUUGGAUCUAGUUCUAACUUAGAAUGGGACGGAGUCUAUUGACCUUUGCCUUGAUGGUAGUGGUGACGGCGGUAGAGAUCUCGAGGGCUGAGCGGGUUAAUAAGUCGGCUUCUGGAGGCCUAUUGUGGUCAACUGCCAAUGGUGACGGACAUCUGGUUCGAAACGCUGAAACUGACGAAUCGUUGGAUGACCAUGAUGAACUCGACGGCGGGUUUCCUUCGCUCGAUGGGAUGUUACAGUGGGCAAUAGGCCACUCAGAUCCUGCAAAGUUAGAAUUAAAAGCUCAUGAUGUUCAGCAGUUGUCUACAGAUGAGCUACAAAAACGUCAAAAGGAAAUCAAGGAACUCGUAGAGAAAUUAGAAAUGCCAUCUGACGCAAAAUUGAUGCGAAUUGCAAUUGAUGACUUGAGUAAUUCAUCUCUGAGUUUGGAAGACCAUCGUCGUGCAUUAGAGGAACUUUUGGUACUUGUUGAGGCAAUCGACAAUGCGAACGAUUUGCACAAAAUUGGAGGUCUUUCUUUGGUUGUUGGAGAACUUAGUAACUCAGAUCCGGAGAUAAGGAAGACUUGUGCAUGGAUUGUUGGUAAAGCGAGUCAAAACAAUCCUGUGGUUCAGAAGCAGGUCCUUGACCUUGGAGCAUUGCCAAAGCUAAUGAUGAUGGUGAAAUCUAGUUUCAUAGAGGAAGCCAUAAAAGCACUAUAUGCAGUUUCAGCAAUUAUAAGAAACAAUCCAAAUGGCCUCAAAUUGUUCUACUCAGGAGGUGGAGAUAUAAUGAUCCAGGGCAUUUUGAGCAACACCACUGCUGAUGUUAGAUUACAUAGGAGAUCAGUGUCACUUGUUGCUGAUCUGGCUGAAUAUCAAUUAGAAUAUAGAAGCAAACUGGAGCUUCCUUUUUUCAGCAAUUGUGCGUUGCUGAGGCCAGUGAUCGAUUUAACAACAUUAGAUGACCUGGAUCUCCUGGAAAAGGUACUUUUUGCUAUUAAGAAUGUUUUGAUGCUCAAGUCAAGUGAACAUCUUGUCGUUGAUGGAUUCUGUGGAUUGAAUGGAGCGCUGGAGAGGAUGAGACAGCAAUUACAGCAGUUCAUCCUGGAGGAAAAUCAUAGGGAGUAUGCAAUCGAUAUCGAAGGUCUUUGCAAGGAAGUUUAUUUGAUUUAUCUUCAAAAGCUUAAGAAGGUCUCACAGGUUCCUACAUGAUUUAUGCUGCCAAAAUCAACCGCUGGACACCCACCCACCCAACCCAU